UGAUGAUCAGCCAGUGGCAGGGCGAGCCCAAGGAGCGCGUCAUCUCCCUGGUCCUCACCCACCUGCCCCUGCUCAAGCCGGGCAACAUCGAAGCCAAGGGCGAGUACAUGCGCCUCCUCCCCCGCAUCCUGGCACACACCAUCGAGCACGGCCGCCAUCUGGAAGAGUCGCGUCAGCUCCUCUCCUACGCCCUCAUCCACCCGGCCACCUCGCUGGACGACCGCGCCGCUCUCGCCCUCUGGCUCAAUCACCUGGAGGAGCGCGCCGCCGCCCGGGGCGACUCGUUGGAACGGCCGCCCCCCUCCCCGGCCUCGCACCACCAGACGCCCCCCUCGACGCUCUCCUCGUCGGGUUCCAGUUUGGGAUCUUCUGGGGGCCACCUGAGUCACCUGUAUCACCACCAGCGCUACGGUUCAGACGAUCGGCUCAACGGCUGGCAGGGGUCGAGGGACUCUGGGUUGGGCAGCGGAUGGCAGGGGCAGGGAGGGUGUGAGAAUGGUGGGCACCUGGCUCUCUACCCGUCCUCGUCGGUACCCGGGAGCAUCAACACGGUGGGCACGGGCGGCAGCAGCAACACCAGUGAGUGGCUCUUCUUUUUCGACUUCCUGCUUUUUAUAGCGAAGUCCAAAUAGUCUGACAUGGCUUCCUGUCCUCCUUUCCUCUACUGGUUUACUUUCUAUCUGGGGCAGCACUGAUCUGAAAGGAGUCCAAUCAAUCAAUCACAUUUUAUUCAUAAAGCCCUGUUUACAUCAACAUUUGUCCCAAUGUUGUCACAGUAGUAACCUAACAUAAAAUGGGCAUAAAAUAAACACCUGAGCGGAGUCCCCACAUCCGGUUUUCAGGGGAAACGGAAGCUAGGUUGAAGGUAAUGUAUCCCUGAACACUGAAUACAUCUGGUUGUUGUCGACCCCGCUCAGGGUGUCACAGUAGUAACCUGGCCUAGGCCCGCAAAGAGUUAGGUUAGGUUUGAAGAUCUACCCAGGCCUUUCACCAUCAGUUGUGGUGAAUUUAAAGGAGACAAGGAAAGGAAGCCGUGUUGAGACGUGGCCUCCUCCACUUCUUGUGGUUGUUUUGGAUUGGAAGACUCACUCUUAGCAGUUUGUGUGUGCUUAAUCAGGGUUUCUGAUUGCUACUGAUGAAAUUAUGGUCUUUAUCAAACAGACUUGACUCGCCUCAGGAAUCUCUGAAAUUAUAGUUUACAAUGACAAUUUUCACCUCUUUAGUUGUGUUAGUAACCUUUUCAAAUAAAGUGGCAUCAAAGUCUCAAGAGUCUAGACGAACCCCUCCCACACACACACACACAGUUUUCCUCUUGUCAUGUCAGUCAUUGCAGACCUUAGAGAGCUAUUUAUAACUUUUUAGGAAUGUCCACAUCAACUAGCCUUUGUCAGCUAACGUUUUUUAGCUACAGUGAGGGAAAAAAGUAUUUGAUCCCCUGCUGAUUUUGUACGUGCCCACUGACAAAGAAGUGAUCAGUCUAUAAUUUUAAUGGUAGGUUUAUUUGAACAGUGAGAGACAGAAUAACAACCAAAAAAUCCAGAAAAACGCAUGUCAGAAAUGUUAUAAAUUGAUUUGCAUUUUAAUGAGGGAAAUAAGUAUUUGACCCCCUCUCAAUCAGAAAGAUUUCUGGCUCCCAGGUGUCUUUUAUACAGGUAACGAGCUGAUUUUACACUCUUAAAGGGAGUGCUCCUAAUCUCAGCUUGUUACCUGUAUAAAAGACACCUGUCCACAGAAGCAAUCAAUCAAUCAGAUUCCAAACUCUCCAUCAUGGCCUAGACCAAAGAUCUCUCCAAGGAUGUCAGGGACAAGAUUGUAGACCUACACAAGGCUGGAAUGGGCUACAAGACCAUCGCCAAGCAGCUUGGUGAGAAGGUGACAACAGUUGGUGCGAUUAUUCACAAAUGGAAGAAACACGAAAGAAGUGUCAAUCUCCCUCGGCCUGGGACUCCAUGCAAGAUCUCACCUUGUGGAGUUGCAAUGAUCAUGAGAACGGUGAGGAAUCAGCCCAGAACUACACCGGAGGAUCUUGUUAAUGAUCUCAAGGCAGCUGGGACCAUAGUCACCAAGAAAAAAUUGGUAACACACUACGCCGUGAAGGACUGAAAUCCUGCAGCGCCCGCAAGGUCCCCCUGCUCAAGAAAGCACAUAUACAGGCCCGUCUGAAGUUUGCCAAUGAACAUCUGAAUGAUUCAGAGGAGAACUGGGUGAAAGUGUUGUGGUCAGAUGAGACCAAAAUCGAGCUCUUUGGCAUCAACUCAACUCGCUGUGUUUGGAGGUGGAGGAAUGCUGCCUAUGACCCCAAGAACACCAUCCCCACCAUCAAACAUGGAGGUGUAAACAUUAUGCUUUGGGGGUGUUUUUCUGCUAAGGGGACAGGACAACUUCACCGCAUCAAAGGGACGAUGGACGGGGCCAUGUACCGUCAAAUCUUGGGUGAGAUCCUCCUUCCCUCAGCCAGGGCAUUGAAAAUGGGUCGUGGAUGGGUAUUCCAGCAUGACAAUGACCCAAAACACACGGCCAAGGCAACAAAGGAGUGGCUCAAGAAGAAGCACAUUAAGGUCCUGGAGUGGCCUAGCCAGUCUCCAGACCUUAAUCCCAUAGAAAAUCUGUGGAGGGAGCUGAAGGUUCGAGUUGCCAAACGUCAGCCUCGAAACCUUAAUGACUUGGAGAAGAUCUGCAAAGAGGAGUGGAACAAAAUCCCUCCUGAGAUGUGUGCAAACCUGGUGGCCAACUACAAGAAACGUCUGUCCUCUGUGAUUGCCAACAAGGGUUUUGCCACCAAGUACUAAGUCAUGUUUUGCAGAGGGGUCAAAUACUUAUUUCCCUCAUUAAAAUGCAAAUAAAUGUAUAAAAUUUUUGACAUGCGUUUUUCUGGAUUUAUUUGUUGUUAUUCUGUCUCUCACUGUUCAAAUAAACCUACCAUUAAAAUGAUAGACUGUUCAUGUCUUUGUCAGUGGGCAAAUAUACAAAAUCAGCAGGGGAUCAAAUACUUUUUUCCCUCACUGUAUGUUUUUUAGCCCAUAGAUUUUGUUGUAAUGUUUGAGUCAAUCAAACAUCACAUGAGCGCACAUAAGACAUGGCAAAAAAGAAUUGCAGGAAAUUAGUGCUUGUGCCCAUAGAAAUAGACGUGUGUGUGUGUGGGGGGGGGGGGGGGUGCUCUCCAAUGCUGGAAGGGGGGCCUGAGUGAAAAAGUUUGGGAACCCCUGUUUAGCCGCAACCAAUGCCGUCAGGCCCGUCACACAGGUAAACUCCAAACAAACCCAAGCCAGCCAGCCACUAGCCACAUCUGACAAAUGGAAGGAAAAUGUCUAUCCGCUGCGCGGAAGUCUAGAGUGGUUGGUGGGUGUGUAGGCCCUACGGCCCAACACUCCAAAGCUAUUCACAUUCAACAUAUCUGUGGUUAGAGCAGGAUAUUUCCAUCUGAAGAAUGCAAGGGUCUUUUUUCCUGAUGAAGGAGACAGCUGGAGAUAUAAAUAAGGACACAUUUUAAAGGUCUGGGCCCGGCGCAAGAUCCUCUUUUUUUUUAUUUGGGACUGGGCUUGUCCAUCAGUCCGUCGCACAAAGGAGCGAUUUUACCCUCCUUUAGCCAAUGGUCGGUCACCACGGGAUUAAAGUUGCUGAAUUUACGGUGAUACGGCCUCUGCAGAAGUCAGGGCAUUCAUGCUUCGCGGAGCAGUGCAGAGCUGUUGUGAAGGAAGUUGUCAAGGAAGUGAGUUUGUGUUUAUACAGGACCUUCCGCCCCCAUCUACCGUCAACCAAUCAUGUUGCAAAAUUUGGGAGGCGCACGGCGAUGCGGUACGGAGUUCAAUUUGGCCUCUGCGUGCCUCCAGAGGCUCCGAAAUUGCGUCACACCGUCCAUACGGAGCCUCUGACCACAUUUUCAGAAUCAAGCAUAAAUGGGCUUUUAGCCAGCCAAUCAGCCAGGAUUCUGUUUGAAUCUGUUUGAACUGGGGUUGCGUUCAGCAGGGCACAACUUUGUGGAACGUUCAGAUAGAGAUAUGUUAUGUAGAACAAACAUGCCUCUGAUAUGUAGAAUAAGGAAUCAUGUCAGCUCUAUUCGUGACAUUUCUAUCUGCAAUGUCCCUCAAUGUUUGCUUACUGAGUGUGGUCCUAGUAAUCUUCAAAUGAAUUGACUGUCAGCCAGGGCAGUUUAUGGUGGUUAGGUUAGAAGAGAUUUAGUGGCUAAAUUCUCUAGCUAGCGUUUUUCAUCUUAUGCCCAAAUUAAGUAAUUCUCUCUUGAUUGUAUAUUCAAUCAUUUCUACUGGUUAGGUCAUAGGGCUGUUAUAGGCUACUCAGGAAGUGUUUAGGAAUUAGAUUUUAUUGUUCAAUAUAGUUGAUAAACAAAGGAAUUGUUGAUUAUGGCGAAAAGGAAAUUGUGUAUAGAAAUAUUGCAUUGUUAAAGUCCCUAAUAUGGAGACUUGACCCAUAGAAUUAUCAUUCUCUAUUUCUAUGACUGGACCGUAGUACUCUAUGAUUGGCAGAUUCUCCUAUUUCGUGGUGGGGACCUUUUUAAAGUCUCAAACUACCUCACUUCCUUUCAACCAUACUUAUUUUUGUCAUGUCGUAAUACACUGUGACGUGGCACCACUCUUGAUUGCACAACACCCACCAUCGAGCUGCUCCCCCCAGGCACCACGUCCCAUCCCUUACCCAUGUAAGGUAGCCUUUGUGGAGAGUCUGUAUUUAAGGAAAAUGGCUAAUAUUUAGGUACUGGAACUUGUAAUGUUAGCUGGCCACCUAUUUUAAACCAGCCCGUGAAGUCCUAUACAUAGCCAGGCCAACACAGUUAGUGGUGCCACAUAUAGGGGGAGAAAGAGACUGACAGGCGGCACACACACGCGAGCACACAGACACCGGCCGAGCAGUGGGCACAUAAAGCCCUCUCCUGUACAUCUUAUUGUUUUGGCCUACUAAGCCAGCGUGCCCGCUCCGUCGACUGGGCUUUUCCAUCUAAAUGGAACCAUGAGCACCAACAUGUGAAGUUCACAGGAGUAUGUUAAAUGAAAGCGAAAAGUCUAUAUUUUUGGCUUAUUCUACAAUUUGUUGUUACAUAUUUCUAUCUGAAAUUGAUUUAAUUGUCAUUUGUUGUCAAUGAUCUACACAAAAUACUCAUGUCAAAGUGGAACAAAAAUUCAUUUGUAAAAAAUGAAUGAAAAACGAAACGGGUCUAUUAUGAUUGUUUCAGAUUUGGUCUGGUCCGGACCAACCAAAUGUGGUCUUGUUUGGGGGCGGUGCUCAUUACCAUAAUAGCCAGUGUAUAGAAUAGUACCCAAAUAUGCAAAAGAAGGAUAUUGCAUAUUUAUACGUGUGUACAUAUUCAGGAUACAUCACCAUGAAGAGAAUUAUAUUCAUAUCCAUAAUUAUGCAUUUCUGUACAGUACAGAUCAGUGCCGGAAGUAAAUCCACUUCAGCAACUGUAGUUCAAUAUCCAAAAUACAUGUUUUCAACCUUGCAUGCAGCAUGCGUUUUCCUCUGACUAGAGCCCAUCACUACUAGCCUACUUCCCUCAUGUCAUAGUUGACACCCCAUUCUUUCUGCAGACAUCUUUGAAUCGUAAUUUGGAGCAGAUAUUUAACAGAAAUGUAGGAAAACGUGGUUGCAUAAAAAACUGAGGGAGAUUUUACCGUAAUUCUGUUACCAAACUUUACAUCUGCACAGUUCUUCCAGUAUAUGUGUUUUUGUGAAAUGUUCUGUGUAAAUUGUUCGAAGUAGUCCUUUGAAUCUGAAAAUCGGAAUCUGAGCGUAAUUCCAUUACUGUGGAAUUGUCCUACUCCAGCUACUUCUGGAACGUUCCGUGACGCAUACAAGGUUUUGCGGGGGUCCAAAUAAAGGCUUACCUGUUGUGUAGGUGUAAAAGGAGGAGAAAAUGUCUCCGUCUCUCUUGCUCACUUGUUUUUCCGACAAAUAAAAUAAAUAAGAGAAGUUGUGUUUUCUGUGACCCAACUGUGCCCAGCGGCCUCCCUUGCCAUGCAUUUCCACAAAGGAUCAGUUUUUAGGAGGUAAAGUUGAUGUUUUAAACGAUAGGGAUUCCAUAAGGCCUCCGUCUUAAUGACAGAAGUGUUGAUGAAGCAGGAGUUAGAAGUUGAACGACAGUUUGAACACAAGCAGGCUGUGUCGACUUGACGCGGGGUUGUGCACCACCACCACCCCACCCGCAGUAGCUAGCCCCCUUAACCACACAACCUUGAGCAUGCAGCAUGCUUUUUCCUCUCACUAGAGCCCCAUCACUGCUAGCCUACUUCCCUCUGCGAGAACAGUGUGUUGUGAAUGGACAUUAUAAUCAUCAGUACAUUUGUUACAGUAGUAAAGUUGAGCUGGGGGCUAAGACUCUGGUCUGGUCUGGGCCUCACCAUGCCUGUGUCCAUAUGUCCCUACUAGCUCUCUAGCUAACACAGUGUGUUAUCAUAGUAGUAUCCUAGUAGACAGACAGCAGAACUGAGCCCCUUUCUAACUGUCUGGGCCUCCCCCACCCAACCCCCCCCCUGUCUCUUGUGUGUGUCUUGCAGUCCUGUCUGGCGGUGGCGGCGGGCAGCACAGUCCCCUGAAGCGUUCGGUGUCCCUCACCCCCCCGAUGAGUGAGGGCUCCUUGGCCGGUUCCUCCUCCUUGGCCCUGGGUUUGGGUCACGGCUGGCUCUCCCAGGAGGACCUGCGCGGGCCCCGGGGAGGAGGAGGGCUGGGGCUGGCCCCCACCGACCCCCACCACGCACCCCUCUCCCCCCAAAGCAGCGUAGCGUCGUCAGGCAGCGGCGGCAGCGAGCACCUGGAGGACGCAGGUCUAGGAGGAGGAGGUUGCUGUGGAGGAGGCUUGCACCGCAGCAGAACAUUUCACAAGGAGGGCAGCGGCAUGAGG